CUCGACUAAGGAAGGGUCCAAAAGGAACAGUACAGAUUUUUAAAGUCUCGAUAGCAAAGAAUGGUGGGUUUUUAUCACAUAGAACUGAUCCCAACUAGAGAGACGAUGUCGGUCAAUGGCGAGAUAGUGACCCCGGACCCCUUGAAAUCCGUGAAGGGUCUCGUUUGCAGUCCGGAUCUGACUGUGUUCGCACCACCGAGCUGCGGCGGCGCCGAAACUCUGUCGGCAACCGUCGAGGAGAAGACGUACCAGUGUCUCCUCUGUCAGAAGAGCUUCGAUCAGAAAAGCUUGUAUCAGAGCCAUCUGCGCUCGCACGGUAAAGAAGGCGAGGAUCCUUACCGGUGCAACAUUUGCGGGAAAACGUUCGCGGUGCCCGCGCGGCUAACGAGACAUUAUCGUACGCACACGGGUGAGAAGCCGUAUCAGUGCGAGUAUUGUAGUAAAUCGUUUUCGGUGAAGGAGAACCUCAGUGUCCAUCGUCGUAUCCACACGAAAGAACGGCCGUACAAGUGCGAUGUGUGCGAACGGGCGUUCGAGCACAGCGGUAAACUGCAUCGGCACAUGCGAAUUCACACUGGCGAACGGCCCCACAAGUGCACUGUGUGUUCGAAAACGUUUAUCCAGAGUGGUCAGUUGGUGAUACACAUGCGCACCCAUACCGGUGAGAAACCGUACGUUUGUAAAGCGUGCGGCAAAGGAUUCACGUGCUCCAAGCAGUUGAAGGUGCACACACGCACGCAUACCGGCGAAAAACCGUACACAUGCGACAUCUGCGGCAAAUCAUUCGGUUACAAUCACGUGCUGAAGUUGCAUCAGGUUGCUCAUUACGGCGAGAAGGUUUACAAGUGCACGCUCUGCCACGAAACCUUCGGCUCGAAGAAGACGAUGGAGCUGCACAUAAAGACCCACUCGGACUCGUCUGUCACCGGUUCUCCCCGGGACUCGCCGAUCGAGCCGGAGAUUGAAAUCUCACAAGCAAAUAACAUAGGCACUGCCAGCGACAAGGAGAACCUAAAGACUGACGAGCCAAGCGACAACGCUGCCACUUACAACCCAUCGCGGGAUUUCUCGUACUAUAUGUAUUCCAGAGAACAGUAUUCGGCACCCUUGAUGGUGACCAACGAAGAGAAAGUCUUCCCGACGACGGCGACGCCCGCUGUCCCCAUUGAACAGCCCCAUACGUUCCUAUACCAAGAAAUAUCGCCGACUUACACCAGCUUUGGGAUUCAGAGCAACGAUUUUGUCAGCGAUUGUCCGUCACUUCUAAAUCUGCCGGGAAACGACGCUCGCCGGAGAGUCGAGGCUGCCCUUGAAGCGGUCGAGGAAGAAAGACAGAGGGAAUAUGGGAUCGGGGUUACGCGUGAUCCACUUUUAACACCACCAAGCAGCAAUCCCGUGAGCCCAGUACCAUCGCCGGAUCCUCUUGAUCUGGCGAUACCUGUACGAGAAACAUUAAUUCUACCACCAAGGAAGAGGUGCAAGAUGAUUUUAGAGUCUAUGGAAAGCGAGAAGAUCGGGUUCAUCGCAUCCCAGAGACAGAACUCUGUUAUACAGUUUGCUAAGGCUUCAUAGUGGAAGAACACCGAUGUCAGUUGUGGGUGAACUGGUGAUUAGUUCGCGUAUGGUAAGAUGCAAUCCGGACACUUCUAUAAAAAGUACGGAGGACUAACCGCAUAGAAGGGGUAGAAAUCAUCGACCGAUUGUAUCGGAAGGUAUUCAAACAGUUUUAAAACGAAACACAGAGAGAACUUUUGAGAAACCCGUUUUAACGAAUUAUGAACCUGGAAGUAUGAAAGCGCGCGAGUUCUUGUACGGAAUAUGAUUUUAACGCAGUUUUCGAUACUGCAAUGCAAUUGUAGUUGUAAACGGAUAUUAGUAGACUGCGGAUUUAUAUGCAAAAUAACAUUUUCUAAAGUAAUUUAGAAAGACA